AUGGCGGCUGCAGUCAGGCAUUGUCCCUCUCGUUCUCAUAAUUGUAUUACUAGAGGUGACGGCGGACCUGGCGUGUCCUGCCGAAAACAGUUGAAACAAGUGGAUACUUUACAAGAUAUUUCUGCAAAAAUUGUCGCCGAGAAUAUCCCGUUUCAACGGAUAGAACAGCAGUAUGACCGGAUACCGGAGCCCGUCCAAAGCAAGAUUGUGUUCUGGUCGUUUCCUAGGAAUGAACGGGACAUUUACAUGUACUCGUCCUACGCAAACUGUUACAAAGAACAUGCAGAAAAUCAAAAGCUUCCUUUCCACCAGGGUGUUCGCCUCUUGGAUAACAAUGCUGUAGCAAAUGUUCUUCAGAUAGGAUUUCACCUCAGUGGGACAGUCACAGAACCUAGCAACCCGCUCCUGUCACAGCAAGAGAAAGUUUACAAGGUGUCCAUUAGUUUUGAUAGAUGCAAGAUUACCUCAGUGCAAUGUGGCUGCAGCAACAAGGACAUCUUCUGGUGCCAGCAUGUGGUUGCUCUCUCCUUGUACAGAAUCCGCAAAGCCAAAAUUGUCCAGCUGCGGGUGCCCAUUUCAGAAACUCUACUGCAGAUGUCCAGGGAACAGCUGCAGAAGUUUGCCCAGUACCUCAUCACAGAGCAUCACUCCGAUGUCUUGCCCACGGCCCAGAAAAUAGCUGACCAGAUUCUCCAGGCGGAGUCGGAGAUCAACAUGCUUCCAGGUGCACCAGAUCCCACAGCUGGUGCUUCCGUUGACGAUGACAACUCCUGGCACCUGGACGAAGAUCAGGUCAGGGAACAGGUGCGCACGUUCCUCUCACAGGGAGGCUACACAGGGUCAUCUACUCCGCUGCACUCCAUGUUUGCAAAGGUGCGUGAGAUGUUGAGAGCCAAAGAUUCCAAUGGUGCUCGCAUGCUGACAUUAAUGACUGAACAGUUCCUGGCAGACCCGCGGCUUUCCUUGUGGCGAACUCAGGGCACACCACUCACCGACAAGUGCAAUCAGUUCUGGGACGAAUUAGGCGCACUGUGGGUGUGUGUAGUGCUAAACCCUCACAGCACAAGCCAGGACCGAGCUCUGUGGCAGAAACUUCUCAAGCAGUGGGUUGUCUCCCCUGUGUGUCCACUUGAGGACGGUGAGGGUAAUUUACUCAGUGACAUCGGUACCAGGGGAAGUUUCCGACUCAGAGUUUUCUCUAGCUCUUCUGUCCAAAACAACCAAAGAACAGUGCUGCACAAUGCUUUAGAAGCCAGUGACCUGACCUGGAAUGACACCCACUUGCAGAAUAUCCUGGCCUCUGACAUGUACUGGAGUGCUAACGAGAUGGGAAGUGAUAACUUUGACAGUCGCGGUCUUCCACUUUGGAGAGAAUACAUCCCAACUGCUUGUGCAAGAGUGGAUGCCCUUAGGUCACAUGGUUACGCCAAAGAAGCUUUGCGAUUGGCUGUGGCAAUAGUCAGGACAAUGAAAGUGAACCUGGUGGCCAACAGCGACAGCUGGAAUAACAUUCAAGGAACAAAGAACGCAGGCACUUGCACCUGUUCUGUCCAUGUUUGUGGGAGACACCACACACCUUACAAUGCCGUGGGCUGGAUCGGACACCCGCUGGACCCCAUUGGGGUGCUGUUUGACACGCUGUGUGAGGCCUGCCUGGUGUCAGAUGACAUUCCUCAAGAGUUGUACAGUCGUCACCUCAGCAAUGAGAACAGCAAUGAGAGCAGGCGCCGGUACCAGCAUGUUAGUAUACCAGGUGCUGCGGAACAUGAACAAACCUACCUCACUCUAGCCUAUGAAGUGGCUUUAAUAGGCUUGGGCCAGCAGCGUAUAAUGCCAACUGGCAUUCACUGCCAGGAGAAAGCUUGCAAGCAAGAAGAAAGACUCCUGGCCAAGUUAAACACCAUUGAGCUGGACUCCACCUUGCUACGGGUCUUACAGGCGGAGACGGUUCUGCUUCUAGAGGGUGGAUCCUGGAGUGGUCUGGGUGUGGGAAUCCAUCCGGAGAGCUACCCCAUGCAUAUGUUUGCUCACUUCCUCUUCCUCAAGCUGGUGACCAGAGAUGAAGAUCUAGCAUUCCAAGUGGGCCUGCGAGCAAUGAGACUUCCGAUCUUGGAAAAUCUGGAUGAUGCUAAUAUGGAGGACAGUGUGAACAAUGCAAACAUGCUGACCCGCUUUCCUCGCUGGUUCAUCUUGUCACAUGUGGAAUCACAACAGUGUCUCCUGGCUUCCAUCCUUCUAGAAGCUGCCAAAAAUAAUAUCCAACGUUUGCAGUCAGUACUGGACUGUGCACAGCGACACAUUCACAGCUCCUCACAGCUGUUUCGUCUGGCUCAGGACACUUUUAAGAUUGCCUCACCUCCAGAUGGACCCAAGUAUCUUCCUGCACUUAAAGCUGCUUUCGAACUCGGCCUACAGGUGAUGAGAAUGACACUGAUGACGUUGAACUGGCGGCGGAGAGAGAUGGUCAGAUGGAUUGUCACCUGCGCUACGGAAGUUGGUGUUGAUGCUCUGCUGGCUCUGAUGCAGUCAUGGUAUCAAUAUUUUGCCCCAGUGGAAGCCUCCAGUGCAGUUGCAAUGACAGUGAUGUCCCCUGCUACAAUGAUGCAGUUGAACGCUACCUACGCCCAGCAGGAGGAACUGGCACAGUCUGCGCGAACCCUGGCGCUGCAGUGUGCCAAACGAGACCCACAGAAUUGCGCACUGUGUGCAUUGAAUCUGUGUGAAAAAGACAGCAUGGCUUUUGAAACUGCAUACCAGAUAGUGUUGGAAGCUUCCAACCACAUCAUGAACUCCAGCCAGCUGUUUACCAUCGCUCGCUACAUGAAACACCGAGGCCACCCAUCUCAAGCUUUCCGCUUGGCACUGCUGGCAAUGAAAGGUCUCAGUGUGGCCUACAACCAGGACUCGCACCCCUUGAUAUCUGAUAUUCACUGGGCAUGUGCGUUAGCUCAUUCUCUCGGCCGGACUGAGCUUGCCAGCUUGGUUCCCAUCUUGGUGAAAAAUAUUCAGUGUGCUACAGUUUUAGCAGACAUUCUCAGAAGAUGCACCAUCAGUGCGCCAGGAAUGGGUUGCCUGGACGGCAAACGUAGAACUUUAAAACUGCUGAGCUAUGACAAAGUUCCGCUGAAGCAACUUAUGGACCAAACAAUACUGGCCUACGUUCAUACGGCUCACUCCAGGCUUUCUCAUAUCAGUCCCCGGCAUUACGCAGACUUCAUAGAUUUCCUCACUAAGGCCAGAGAAACCUUCCUCCUGGCGCAUGACGGCCACAUACAGUUUUCCCAGCUUAUUGAGAAUAUGAAACUGGCAUACAAGGGAAAGAAAAAACUGAUGUUUUUGAUUCAUGAAAGAUUUGGCUUAUAA